UUUCGUGUUGUCUGGUUGUGGAGAGUGAAGCGAGUUGCGGGACAUGGAGGAGGACUGGGACCUAUACGGCGUGGAAGAUGAGUUCGAAAGCCAGUUUGCCGACGAGUUGGAGGUCCUGGCUGAAAUGGAUGAGCCGACCUAUGAUAACAAACCCACGAAAACAAUUAAAGAGUCCAGCUUUCGACAGCGCCAACAGACCUUUGAAGAAGCCAUUGCAUCAAGUGAUGUCUUCAUCAGGAAGGAACCAACUGGUAGGAUUCAGGUCCAGGAGCACAAGGAGCAACAGGACAACAUGGGAGGCCCUGUUCCUCAGAAACGGAAUCUUGAUGUACCAAGGGAAGAAGAGUUCCUUUACCAUUUACCUGAGGACCAAGAGCAAGUAAUGACUCCCAAGCACAAGAGGCCCAGGCUAGAUGCUAUGAAGAGACUGGAGUUUAAGUCACAGGAGAGCUUACCCGAACCUCCCCCACCAGAUGAUGAGAUUACUCCACCCUCGUCACCAGACGACUUUGCCCGGAUCCAAUACCCCAGAAGUCCAAAAACAUCUAUUCAGGACAUCCUUGGGCUGAGUGAUGUAGCUCCCAUCGAAGAAUCUGCCAUCAAGGUACAGAAGCAAGUUCUGAAACGCCCACCCGUUAUGGAAGAUUACAUCAAAGUGACAUCGACAGAUGGAACAAGGGUUUACAUGGUCCUGCAAGAUGAAGAUCCGAGUCCAGAGCAGAAGUUGGUCAAUGCUGAUUUUUGGAAUCAACAAAGGCAGUUACACUUGCUGGGAGUACCUUUCUCCUAUUUGAAGGAACAAGUUGCUGAAGAGCGUCGUCGACAAGUGAUAGAGGAAUCUCAGAGACUGAGUGAGAUGCUCAAUAGCCAGAUUGACCAGGAGAUUGGUGUGGCUGAUGAAGAGGAAGAAACGGCAACAGAUGAAGGAGAAGCGGUUGAUGAAUUCAAUUCCAGCGCUCUGUGGGUAGAUAAAUUCACUCCUAAACAAUACACAGAACUGCUCAGUGAUGAUUACACCAAUCGCUGCCUCCUGAAGUGGUUGAAACUGUGGGACACUGUAGUCUUUGGCCGAGAAAAGACUGUGAAGAAAAGCAAACAGGUGGUAGGAAAGCAUUCAUCUUUGAAACAGUCACACCAACAACAACAGCAGCAGAAUAAAUGGAAGAGCAAGGCACAGAUUACUGAGGAGAUCCUGGAUGCUGAACUAGAUGCACAUAACAGACCAAAGUACAAGGUGGCGCUGUUGAGUGGACCUCCAGGUCUUGGGAAAACAACAUUGGCUCAUGUCAUUGCAAGGCAUGCUGGAUACAAUGCAGUGGAGAUAAAUGCAAGUGAUGACCGUAGUCCAGAGAUAUUGAAAACCAGGAUCGAAGCUGCCACCCAAAUGAAAUCUGUGCUUGGAGCCAACGAGCAGCCAAACUGUCUGAUCAUUGAUGAAAUCGAUGGUGCUCCCACUGCUGCAAUAAACACACUCCUGAAUCUUGUUAACCGCAAGGAUGGGAAGGAAGCUGAGACACCAGGAAUUGCUGGAAAGAAGAAGAAAAAGGAGGGAGGAAUUUUACGAAGGCCAAUCAUCUGUAUCUGCAAUGACCAGUAUGUGCCGUCUCUCAGACAGCUGAGGCAGCAAGCUUUCACAUUAGUCUUUCCUCCAACUCUUCCCUCCAGGCUCGUUCAAAGGCUGCAUGAGAUUGCUAUUAAAAACAGAAUGAAGGCAGACCUGGGAAUUCUCAUGAGUCUGUGUGACAAAGCUGAAAAUGACAUACGUUCAUGUGUGAACACUUUACAGUUCCUUCAUGGAAGAGGAACAAAAGAACUUAGUAUGAAGAUGAUCCAGACGGCUAAGAUAGGCCUCAAGGACCAGAACAAAGGUCUAUUCUCUAUCUGGCAAGAUAUCUUUCAACUCCCGAAACCUCAAAGAAAGCGGAUUGGCCAGGAGAGCAACUUACAAAGUGAAGCGUGGACUGGAGAUGAUCAGGAGUCCUGGAAUUCUCUAGCAAGGACCACAGUCAAUGCAGUAACACAAAGAUUUAAUCAUAUUCUUCAUCUUUCCACUUCUACAGGAGAACAUGAAAAGAUCACCCAGGGCCUGUAUGACAAUUUUCUGCACAUGAGGUUUAAGGAUCCCUCUUUCAGUGGAGUCUGUCUAGCGUUGGAGUGGCUGGGGUUUACAGACAUUCUGAAUGAGAAACUGUUGAGCGUGCAGAACUUCCAGCUGAUGCGGUAUCUGCCCUUCCUUCCUGUUGCCUUCCAUAUGCUCUUCGCAGCAUCCAAUGUUCCUAGGAUUUCCUAUCCGAGCAGCCACUAUGAGGCACAAACCAAGUAUGGUCAGAUGCAAAACCUGCUGACAUCCAUGGUUGGAGAAAUCAGCCCAGCCAUCCGCAGUCGCAUCACACUGACUGCACUUGUGUCGGAGAUCCUCUGCCUCCUCCUCGAUAUUCUUUCACCAAAAUUGCGACCGGUAAAUACCCAGCUAUAUAGCACCAGAGAGAAGCAGCAGCUGGCUGACCUAAUAGGAGCCAUGCUGUCUUACAACCUUACGUAUCACCAGGAGCGGACGCCUGAGGGACAGUACAUCUACUUAUUAGAUCCUAAUGUAGAAGAUGUGUGCCGAUUUCCUGAUCUUCCUGCCCGGAGACCGAUGACCUACCAGGCUAAACAGCUGAUUGCUCGGGAGAUUGAGCUGGAAAAGAUGAGGCGUGUAGAAGCUUUGCUAAAUAAACGAAACAUGGACAAAAAGGAAGCUACAGAAGUCAACAAUAAGCCAACAGAAAACAAGAAAAGUUUGAAGCCUUGUGUGAAAAACCAUGAACAAAGACUAGAAAAUGUUCUCAAGUCUGUAACAGUGAAAGAAGAGACUGAACGAGACUUCUUUGGACGGCGGGUGGACAGAAAUAAAAUUGUUCUGACUUCAGUGACUGGAGGUGCUGAACCUGUGAUGGAAUCAACUGAAAAAUUAAUUGGAAAAGCAGUUGGAAAAAGUGAUGUGUGGUUCCGAUUCAAUGAAGGGAUGUCCAAUGCGGUUAGGCGCAAUAUUUAUAUAAGAGAUCUGCUCUGAGA